AUGGCGCUGUUGACUUUCAGCUUGGUGGGAUUACAGUUUACCUGGGGCAUUGAAAUGACCUAUUGCACGCCGUACCUACUUCAGCUCGGUCUCACCAAGUCGAAAACCUCGCUCGUCUGGAUUGCCGGUCCUCUAUCGGGAUUGAUCAUACAACCGCUGAUCGGUGUUAUUGCAGACCGAUCGCGAUCAAAAUGGGGGCGACGGAGGCCAUUCAUGGUGGUGGGUUCAUUUGUUGUCACAUUGUGUUUGCUGGUUCUGGGGUGGACCUCGGAGAUUGUCGGAGUGUUCGUCAAAGAUACAGAGAAGGCUAAAAAUGCGACGAUCGCUCUGGCGGUUCUUAGUAUUUACGCCGUAGAUUUCGCGAUCAACGUUGUCCAAGCAUGCUGUCGCAGCUUGAUUGUCGAUACAUUGCCUAUUCCCCAGCAGCAAGCUGGGUCGGCAUGGGGUUAG